UUGCUGCCUGAAACCUAAAACAACACCCACGUGAAUGUUGACGCUUUGGCCUCUGGUGUCCUUCCAUGACCCCACAACAGGUGGCACUCUGACCCCUGUGUGCCCUACUGCAGGUGUAGAGUGUACUGUACACUGCCUCUAGUUACAAUACUGGCGGUAGAUCAUAGUGUAUGUGUGUAGUGUUGCUCAGACCUCAGUAGAUGUGGUCUUGUGUCAACAGCUAGCAUAGAGGACCGGGCGGUGAUCUUAGUGUGUUAACGUUUCAAGUCAACCAUAAAGAUGAGGGUGACACAGAGUGCUCCUAUCACACCAGGUCGGUACUGGGGUCCUUCAUCGAAUAGUGGGGGAGGCCUCGGUUCACCAGGUGGUACGAGCCAAGCUUCUCUCAUAUUGGAUCGUAUCAAUGCACGAGCAAGGGCUUUGAAGGCUGGCAAGUCACCACUAGAUAACAGGCUGUUGAGCGAGGCAAAGCAAAGGACAAGCAGUGAUGAGCCACAGAGAGACGAUUUUGUGGAGGCUCGGCGUAAAUUUGUUGACGAACCUGCAUCCACCAAAAGCAUCGUAGAUGAGGAAGCACAUGCUGACCUUAGUGCCAAGGGCAACAUUACAGCUACAAGUGAAGUGGUUUCUACUUGCGAGGAUGGCUUCAGUGAGGGACGUAGAAAGAAAAAGAAGAAAAAACUCAAAGAAAAGGAAACCUGUGAGGCAGAGAAAGAGAUGAAUGGGGAUGAUCGAGUGGGAGAUGAUGUUGCAGUGGGGAGGUUUAAAUUAGUAGAGGCACCUGUGUCCACUACCACCAGUAAGUCGGACUUUACUGGUAAAAUUGAGGAAGUUUCUAGUGAUGUAGAGAGAAAGCAGAAAAAGAAAAAGAAGCACAAAAGAAAGGAAAACAGCGGUGAAUUAAACCAGACACUUGAAGAAGAAACAAGUGAAUUGGUUAAGGAAGAAACAAUAAUUUAUGACCUAAAGGGCAAAAAACACAAAAAGAAGGAAAAGCACAGAAAAGAGAGAGAAGAAAAUGGUGAAGAAAUAGAGCAUGCUAGUUGUCUUGACACAUUAAAUAAUACUGAGGAAAGGAUGGAGGAGGGUCUGGUGAAGAAGAAGAAGAAGAAGAAGAAGAAAAAGAAAAAGGCAGAUGAGGAGGUGGGUGAAGACAGUCAGGUGGACAGAUUAGAUGCUGCGAGCUGCGAGCCAGCUGAUGAGAGUCUCGUCAAAUCACUAAAGAAAGAGAAGAAAAAGGAGAAGAAAGUCUAUGAUAAUACUAGUAAGAAAAGUAAUUUAGACACAGUCAUUAGUGUUAUAGAACAGGCGCAAGGAAUUCACGAGGAGAUAAACGCCGAGAAAUCGUCAAAGAAAAAGAAACGAAAGAGAGGAAUGGAAGAAAGCACAGAUCAAUUCACUGAAGACAGCAAAGCUAUUGAACCAGAAGAUGGGAAUGUGCCUGUAAACUUUUCUACCCCCGAGUCUGUGAAGAAAAAAAAGAGAAAAAAGAUGAAGGAAGUGCCCGAAGAUUUUGUGAAUGAAGUUGAUAGCAGUGUUUGUGGUGCAAGUCGUGAUGGUGAUGAGGGACCUCUGUGGCCAGGAGAGCUACCACACGACACUCUUCUUGACAUUCAUGAAACGCCACAAGCGGAAAGUUCUGUAGACUCAAAAAUUAUAAAUAGUGAAUUAGAUGCGUCUAAUGUAAAUGAAACAUCUACACCUGGAGAAGACAUAGUGAAUAAAAAAAAGAAAAACGUAAAGAAAAAGAAUAGUGAAAAGAAAAGAGAAAGGAAAAAAGAAAAGAGAAAAGAGAAACGAAUGAAAGGCAAGGAUAAGUCAGGAAGUACGAAAGACAGAGAAAUUGGGGGUUUUACUCUCAUGCGAGAAGUGGAUGCGACUAGAAAAGAAACGUUACAUCGGACAUUACCACAGUGGCUGGCCAACCCCACAGUUAUUGGUAGAGAUCUGCAGUCGGACAGCAUUUCCAUAGAUUCCAUUCAAGGACUAGAUAAAUCUCUUAAGGAAAUAUUAGUGGAGCAGAAGAUUGAGCGGUUCUUCCCUGUCCAGAAAGCUGUUAUCCCCGAGAUUCUCGCCAGUGCUAGUUCUCUGUCUAUCAGCAGAUAUAGACCACACGACAUCUGUGUAUCUGCACCUACUGGCAGUGGAAAGACUCUUGCCUAUGUUCUACCGAUCAUCCAGGCGCUCAACGGCAGAACAGUGCCAAGAAUACGUGCGUUGGUGCUGUUACCUGUGCAAGAGCUUGCGAUUCAGGUGUACAAAGUCUUCCAGACGUAUGUAAAAGUCAGCAACCUUAAGGUCGGCAUAGCAGUUGGACAGAAAUCAUUUGUGAAGGAACAGCAAAGUUUGGUUCGUCAAGACUAUGGAGGCUAUCAUUCGUGUGUUGACAUACUGGUGGCCACACCUGGGAAGCUGGCCGAUCAUCUGAGGCUCACUAAAGGCAUUGAUCUUUCUUCGCUGAGGUACCUUGUUUUUGAUGAGGCUGACCAUAUGCUUGCAGCAGAUGGUGGCGACUGGAUUAACCGUGUGGAGCAGUAUGUAAAGGAACAUGAGGCUGCCUCAGAGAAUGUCCUUAUUGGUGGUUUUCAGGGAAGUGGUACCACUCAGUUCCCACACGUUCCUCUCCACCGCCUGCUUUUCUCUGCAACUCUCUCCCAUGAUCCCGAACGGCUACAGCACGUGCCGUUAUACAGGCCAAAACUGUUUACUGCUAGCAGUACUUCUAGUGCAGAUAAAAGAAUGAAGGUAAAGGAAGCUUCUGUUGUAGGCACUACGGUUGAUCAGUACACCAGACCAGCAGAGAUGAAGGAAGAGUAUGUAGUCGUGGAGGAGUCUGUGAAGCCACUGCUAAUUUAUUACAUGUUGACCACAAAAUCUUGGCGCAAAGUUCUGAUCUUCACAAAUUCAAUUCAAGCAACCCAUAAACUUACAGUUCUUAUGGCAGCUAUGUCCGAGGACCUGAAAAUUGCCGAAUUUUCUUCAAUUCAAAAGAAUAAGCGGCAUAAGAUUGUGUCUCAGUUUGCUGCUGGAAAAAUUGAUGUUCUGGUGUCUAGUGAUGCGAUGGCUCGUGGCUUGGAUAUCCCAGACAUAGAAUAUGUAGUGUCCUACGAUGUUACAUCUGUGAGCACCUACGUUCAUCGUAUAGGAAGGACUGCUAGGGCUGGCAAACCUGGAACGGCACUCUCCCUUGUUACUAAAGAUACGAUGAGCGACUUCAAAGCUGCACUUUCAAAUAAUUUAAAUGGAGCAACUCAGUUAAAUAUCUCCAUGGAGGAGCUUAAACCUUACGAGUCUCUCUAUGUUAAUGCUUUAGCCAAGAUGAAGGAAAUUUUACAAGAGGAGGAGCAGGAAAAGAGGCAACAUUUGGUAGCCAGUGUAUUCAGGCCGCGAGGAAACAAGAAGAAAGGAUUUAGUGGGGGGUGGCCAGCAAAUACAGGGGUAAAGAAAUUUGUGAAGAGGUUGCAAAAUUACAGAAAACCAUACAGAGUAAGAUGAAACAGGCUGGUUUGGUGGGUGCUUGGAGUGGACUUUGGAGGACGGACUGUGCUGGUUGCUCAGCGGUGGGAGCCUGCACUUUGCCUGCUUCAUUUUUCCUCUGGACAAGAUAUGGCUUCAGCAGUUGUCCUGGUAUCUCUGGAGCAGCCCGUCUUUUGUCACGUGACGUUCAUUAGGUGCAGGUUUCGUUGGUCCUUUUUAAUUUUUAAUGCUAUUCAGGGGUUGGUUUCCUGGCGCCUUCCAUCAUCCUUGGGCCACAUCUUCAGGGAUGCCUCUGCUAUGGGUUGGGGCCUGUAACACCCUCGCUGACACGUCUGUCCCAGUUCCUUCCCAUAUCUAUGGAGUGGAUCGUCGAUGCUGCCUCCUGCUCGUGUCUUUGCAAGGCGUUCAGGUGCCUGAUUAUGUACCUCUUCGUGUCAGCCUGGAAUCGGUGCCUUAGUUAAAUGCAGCUCCAUUUCCCAAUUGCAAAGUCCUCGCGGUGAAUGCAGUUGAGCUGGACUGGUCGUGUCCAGCCUUGGUUUCAGGUGCUGCUUGCCUGGUGUCUGAACCUGGGCAUUUUCUGUGGCUCGGCAUCUAUCAGGUCGGCCCAGUGACUGAUGGUUUGGAUUUCUUCUCCGUUCUUUUUUACGUAUAUUUAUCGCCAUUUUUACAGUGAGCAAGUGGCUGUUAAUGGUGUUCCACCUACAUUCUCUUUAGCGACAGUAUGGGGUUUUGUGGCACUCCUUUCCCUUCAUUGUUGUUGUUUGGUUUCUGAGUGUGUAGUGCUCACCUUUCUUUCUUGGCUUUUUACUGAUCAGCCUCUUGUGCUGUAUAGUGCUACCUUAUAUUGUGCAGCAUUGGCAGAGUUGCUGCAGUUCACAUUCAGGGGUCUAUACUUCCUCGGCUCCAUUUUUCAACCUGUUUCACGCAUUGUUUCACCUCUAGCCUGAGCACAUGCUGCCUGAGCCUGGUUUCUGGACCAUGUUAUUGUCCAGAAGAAAUUCAUAUUUCUUCCUCUCAAUUCAAUAUUUUUCCUGUGUGUUAGUUUUUGGUUUCUCAUGCUUCUGUUUGUCAGGUUGAGGAGUUUUAUGAUCUCCUCUGGUGGCCAUUUUUUCUUCUUUUGGACUUGGUGGGCAUUUUGUUGGUACUGUAGCAGGCUCCUCUUUUUCUGGCAAAGAAAGAGUUGAUUGGCUUCCGGAAAGGUCCUUUGGUUACUGAUGUGUGAUUGGUUCAGUUGAGGUGCAUCGUGUGCUGUGUCCAGUGUGGGCUGUCCACUGCUGCUUUUGUGCCCCCAUUUCUACUUUGGUGGAUGCCAUGCGAGUUAAUCUUCUUUCCUUGUCCCGCGGUUCCAAGGCUAGUUUCUCUCGGCUCAUCCGCAGUGUUCCAAAGUCUAGCCAGCCUGUGGUCUCCCCUUGUGCCUAUGAUGGAUAUUUGAGCACGGGGCUUUUGGUGGCCUUGUAACGUGUUCCUGUUCCUUGGCCUCGACCCCCUUGUGUGGCUUUGGGUAAUAUCUCUCGGCCAGGUGUCGAUUCUUUGAAUUCCGUGGUGCUUCCUCCUCUUUUGUGAGGAAAAUAAGUGUCACUGCUUCCUGCGCCUCUGUGAGGGGUCAGGUUAUGGCCCUGGGAGGUCUUUAGAACUCCAUGGCUGAUGCAAUCUUGUAGAUGGUACCAUAUCAGUAUAUAAUAGCUUCAGGGAGCCACUGUAACUUGCCCUGAAAUUGAUGUUCCAUUACAUUGCUGAUUUUUAGUCAUGUGUGUGUAACUUGAUAAAAUCCUAGAGUGAAUGCGACACUUUCGACAUCACUUAUUCUCUCUCUCUCUCUCAUAUUGACAUCGUGAAUACUGUAUCUAGGACUUUCUCUCAUAUUGACAUCCUGAAUGAUGUCUAAGAACUCAUGAACAUUCUGCAACACAAAGCCUUUCACAUUCUAGGAUUGGCACUUUCAUUUAUACUUUUGUUAAUUUAUUCCACACAGCCAUAAAAGCCAAUUUUUCUUUAGAGACUACAAUCCAAGAUCAGUUUUGUCUGAGGUGGGAAAACACUAAAGAUAAGUAUCUGCUUUUCUUCCCCCAAUCACGGAUCCUGUUACCAUAUCCUCUACUCUUAUAAUCUCAUCGUAUGAUAUAAAAUAAAUUUAAAGUACCAUAAAUACUUCAUGUUCUAGCCCAUAAAUACUGUAUAUACAGUACUUGCUUUUACACAAGAAAUCACACAAUAUUUGGCUCCAGAUAAAAAUUUAAGCAGUUUUUGGUUAACAUUUGAUCACAAGAUGGUAGAACAUAAUUAUGUAGCUGGUUUCACAGUAGGUUAAAUUAUGGAAAGGUUAAAAAUUAAAUGCAAAUUUUUUUUUUCUCCUAUGCCCUCAGGGUACAAAACAUACACAAUGUGAUAUCACCCCGAAGGCACAUAUAAAGGGAUAUAAUAAAUAUAUGUAUGAAUACUAUACAGGAGAUACUUAAAGUAUAAUUACAGUGGUGUUUUACAACCAGACUUUAAAAAGCUUUUAUAGGCAUUAAUAAAAAAUGUUGCCCAUUUUAAAACCUGUUACUACAUACAAUGCCCUUGUUACCUACCACACCAAAUAUCCAGUAAGCAUCUUCUUCCUUUACCUUAGUUAUCACAAAAUUGCUAACUAUAUUUAUGAUUAUUUUUGUUUUUAAAUGUACUAUAUAUGUUUCACCCUUAACUGCAGGAACAUAUGACUGGCAGAGAUAGCAAAUCACGACCUUUAUAUUAUUUACAUUAGCCACUGUAAUAUUUGUACAGUAUUAAAACAAAAAGUAAUGAACCUGAAUGUGUACACUUCUAUCAGAAUAGAAAUUUGUGAACGCCACAAAAAUCUCAAUCCUAUAAUGAGGAUUUGCAACAAGAAUGUCAAUAAAAUACAAUAUGUAACCUAAACAUGACUUCAUCAUCAUAAAACAUCAACAGUAUUAAAUAUCCACAAAGAAUAUCUGAAGUAAACAAAUAACAGUAGCAACAGAUAAGAAAACUAACCUACAAGACAGUACUCGUGGAAUGACAUUACACUCGUACAGAUACAUUGACUUUGAAAUUGUUGUACAUCUGAGAUUUUUAUCACAAUUAAGAGUGAUUAAAAUUAAUUUUGGUUAUGGUGAUUAGGCUAACAAAUUGUAUUAUUGCUCACUUAACUGAGCACAAUAAUUUGCAAAAUAUAGUUGAUUCGUGCAACAUAUACAGAAGAAAAUGUGAAAUGAUGUUUAUCAUUGACCGGGAGCCGGUCGGCCAGCACGCCGGACUUGUGAUCCUGUAGUCCUGGGUUCGAUCCCAGGCACUGGCGAGAAACAAUGAGCAUUGUUUCUUUCACCCUAUGCCCCUGUUACCUAGC